AUCGAUCGCGCGCCGCGCCGCGCGCACCUCGCCCGCGCUCCGUCAUGGACGCCCUCCUCAGCGGCGGCGGCUUCGACUUCGCCGCCGCCGCGGGCUUCGCGUCGUCGCAGCAGAACGGUUUCCUCCCCGCGCACGAGGCGGAGCGCGUCGUCGAGUCGUUGAGGGAGUUCACGAUCGAAGACGUCGGAUCUCCGGCGUGGUCGUCGCAGCGGCAGUCCCUGGAGCGCCUCAACGUCCAGGCGCAUCACAACGCGGUGACGAACAGCGACGAGUUCGUGAAGGAGUUUCUCGUCUCGCACGACAAGGUGGCGACGCUCGUGCACGAGCUCCUCGUGAUCGAGGCGUGGAAGGCGAACGUUCGGUUCCCCGAGGACGCGCUCGAGGCGUCGACGACGAACAUGAACGCGUACCUCGCGUGCUACUUCGAGGCGACGCUCGUGAACUUGCUCGAGAUCGCGUUCUAUCACCAAGACGCGUGCGAGGCGGCGGGCGACGACGCGCUGUUGGAGCUGACGGACUACUGCGCGCGCGCGCUCGUGUAUCUCAACGCCGGCGCGAAGAAAGACGCCGAGGACGCGAUGCGAAAGAAGACGGCGAAGGAGCUCGUGAACCAGACCGCGGCGGAGGAGCUGAGGGAAAAAGUCAGGGACGCGCGGUUCGCGACCGCGUGCUGCGCGCUGACGGUGCUGCGGUACCUCACGGACUACGUGAACCAGGUGCCGCUGUGCGUCAUGGCGCGGCUUUUAGGCGCGUUCUCCUCGCGCUGA